AUGGUGAUAGGAGGAUCAGAUUAUUCAGAUGAUUUCGGUUUCUCCAAGGUUGAAGAAUUCAACGGAGAAAACUGGAAUACGCUUGAGGACUUUCCUAGGUACAUAAAAUACCACUCUUGUCUUGGCAUUGACGAUGGAUUGCUUGUUUUUGGUGGAUCUCAAAUUAUGAAUGAGCCGAUGCUUGAGAAAGCCACGGCUAAACUUAAUGCAGAUCGAAGUUUAUAUGGAGAAUUAAACGCCCAAUACAAAAAUGGCGUUUAUAUUUAUUACCAAUCAGUUUGGAAAAUGAUCGGAUAUCUGAAGAACGAUCAUGCGUAUUUAUCUUUGUCAAAAAUUGGAAGCACAAUUUUUCUCGUCAGUGGUGUUGAAUAUGGGGAUCUAGAAUGGCAUGCCGAAACCUUUCCUGUCGAGACUGUAUUCUGGGAUGCUGAAACAUCCGAGUUUUGGGACAUGGACUAUGUUGAUUUUACCAAUUCGACUUUGGGAAAUACUAUUCGUUACCAUGAGGAAUCUUUCAAAAGGCCUUUAGUUUUUCCUGUAAGCAAGUCACAGCUUGAUUUUCUGACUGAAACUCGGAUAAAUCAACUGAAUUAA